CUCCGGCGAAGAGGCGCGGCGGUCCACGAUCCUCCUCCGGCGAAGAGGCUCGGAGGCGCUGUGCUGCACCCAUGGUGCGGAGCGGCGGAGCGGCGCUGCAUCCUCCUUCUCCGCGGGCUGCUGGGGCGGGCCGUGCGCAGGCGGCGUGUCCUCUUCGGCCGCAGGCUGAUGGGGCACGUCAUGCCGGGAAGCGUCGACAAGCUUCACCGACGGCUGGUGGUGGGUCGACUCCGCGCUCGCCGUUAAUGGAGAUUCGGGAGGGGGUGGCCGUUCUCUUCGUCGUGCAUCGGGGAAGAGUCCAGGGGAUCUCGAGCGCUCAAGGCUAGCUCGCGGGAUCCGAGAUUGUGGUCAUACUGGAAGAAGAUUUGCUGACGACUUGUCGAAUUGGAAUUCGAAAUUUGUUAGUGCAUCAGAUCACGACGCUGAUUUUGGUUUGUCAAAUGUUGAUAGCUUGGGGAAUAGCUUAUCAUCUAGUGAUAAAGAAAAUGUCAGGCCUGGGAGGAAGAGAAUUUUGGAUGAUGCUUUGUUUGAGUUUUUUCGCAAAGAGGCUAUCAAAUCUCUCAAGAGGGACUUUGCGAAGUUCUGCAAUGAAUCUGUCCUCUUUUCUAAGAGAAAACGGUUAAAGGAGCAUGCUAUUGGCAGAGAGUCGUUUACCUCAUAUUCUAUUAAGUACUUCUCUGAGAUUGUGAAAUCAUUGACUGACCGUCGUAAGGAGGUCAUUAGGAAUUUUGGUUUUGGUUGCCUCUUGUUGCUCGAGAAAUGCGAGAUUCCUUCUGCUUUUGUUCGCUGGAUCUGUGGGUGUGUCAACCAUGUCUCUCAUUAGAUAGUUGUAAACGAUUCGAAGAGUAUCUCAAUCUCUAAGGAUUCAAUUCAUUAUGUCACUGGGUUGCCUAAUUCUGGAUCUGUUCCUAUUCCUGAUAGUGAAGCUGGUGCAAAUUUCCUUUUGAAAAUGUUUGGAUUGCCAGAGUUGCCUCGCAUUACUUUCUUUGGUAACAAACUAAAGUCUCGAGAGGUUUUGACCGACAAAGAAGUCUUUGUCUGUUUUAUGGUCAUAGCUUUCAAGUGCUUUCUGUUUCCUUCAAGCAGCGAGCUCCCUAACACGGAUUACUUGUCUAUCCUUCAAGAUCCAGAAUCUACAAGUUCUGUUGAUUUAUGUAUGCUUGUUUUUCAACAUUUCAUCUCUGGAGUGCAUAGAUACAACAGAACUUGUAAAUUGAUUGGGAGGAAGGGUAAAGGUUUUGAGUUCUCCAACUACAUUCUUGCUGUUUACUAUCUCGAUUCUUUGGAUUUCGGAGCUAUUAUUCUUGAUCAAGCUGUGCCUAGGGUUUCUGUUUGGAAUGGGAGUCUGAUAAAAUUCUUCUCCGAUUUAGAUCAUGUAAAGAAUAAUGUGUUUGGAAAGAGGGAUUUUAGGAAUAACCUACCGUCAUGCUAUCUUCAGGGUGCGUUGCAGGAUUCUUCGAAAUGUGUCAAGGAUGCUUCAAGUUUUCAUCCUGAACCAGCUUGUUUUUCCUUGGUCUUUAAGAACAAUUUAUACUUGAGGUUUGGCAGUACUUUUGAGCGAAAGAUUAUUGAUGGCAUCAUUGCUUCAGUUCAAACUGCAAUUACUGUUGAAAAUCCUAAUGUGUCCAAAGUUGAACAGUGUGUUACAAAUGUGUUGGAAUUUCUCAAGAUCUCGAGGUGUUCUGAAAAUGAGAUACCCAAGUGUGCUGCUUCUCUAGUUGGGGAUAUGAAAAUCAGUUCUGAAGCUAAUCUGGACGUAGCAAGCAAACUUGGCUUUGUCAACCAACAUGAUUUCUUCAAAACAGUAACCAAUAGUGCAGUGAAGAAUAAUCUGACCGAAGUUUUUGAAACUCCAGAAUGUGUGACGAGGAAAACAUCUCAAUUAUGCUCUUUUAACACAGCUCCUGCAAUGCAUCCGCUGAGGAAGGUUAUGUCAAGGUUUCCUCAUAAAGUUCUCGAUGAUCAGUUUCAUGUUGGUUUUAAAGAGUCUCCGGAAUUUGUUAUUGAGGACAGAAAACACGACAAUAACAAUUUCCACCAAUCUAUAUCCUUUGGAGGUUUUGUGGUCGACGACAAUAUGGCAUAUCCUAGUUUAAAGACUACAUUCCCGCAAGGUGCUGCUGAAAAGGUUGCUUCUGGUUUUGCUAUACCUGAAGAAGUUACAGUAAAGAAUACUAGUAGAACUGGAUCCAAAGAAGCUCCUAUCCUUGUACCUGAGUCCUCUCCGAAAGCAAUUUUGAAUUCUCCCAAAGCUAGUAAUGUGUCAAAGGAUUUCUAUUUGAGACAAGUUGAGCUUGCCAGCCAAAGUGAUGAGCUGUACAACAAGUUGAUUAACAAAGCACCACAACCUGCAAUUGGAAGUCAGUUUGGAAAUAACUUAGAUAACUAUAUCGACCUGUCACAGAAUGCUGCUGAAGAAAUGUUCCCAAAAGAUGAUAUUAUCGUUCUCCAGCCUAAAAACACUUUGGCUCUUCCUUUGGUUCAGAAUCGUCGUUUUCCUGUGUCAAACCUUGACGUGAAGAAUUUCUGUUCUAUUGUUGAAUUGGCAUACACAAAGGGAGUUCAAAAGUAUGUCAUACUGUGUUAAGUAUUCAAAGGUUCAUUGUAACUUCAUAUCCCUAGGCCAAUCUUUGCAGAGGGAAGGUCAUGUCGACAACUUCCUUAUUCCAGUUUUUUGUCGCAAGUUGUUCGAGGAUAAUCAUCCUAGUAAAUCUGGGAGGCACCAUUUCUUCUCCUUCAUUGGUG